ACGGAGUCUCCCAGUUUGAUAGUAACGCUGUGAAUUGUGGGCAGGAGAGAUCACAGCCGCCCUCCACCCACACCCCGGGGAGCCCUGGACACUGAUCUUCCAAGUGACCCGCCCCCCCCCCGGGGGAGAGCCGGACCCCCGCAGCCAUCCGUCUACCCGCUGGGCAUCACCGGCCGCCGGUCAUCUGGUCUGGAGCUGCUGCCACAAUAACAUAUGUUGACAACGAGUACAGCAUGGAUUUAAAAAGAUCAAGGAGCAGGCCGUGAAAUCAUUUGAGUCGACCAGCGGCUCAUCCUUCUAUGUCUCGGCACGCGGUCAGCCAUGUAAAGCCUCCCCAGUUGUCCACAGGAUCCUGCGUUCUAUAGAGCCACAUCUCGGACAGGAUGAGAAAGUUACGAAAAGGACUUUUGCUCGUCUUCUACAAUUAUAAUUGGAUUGUGUAGAAAACACACCAACGCGGCUGUCAUUGGAAAAUGAAGGAAGUAAUCUACUGGUCGCCCAAGGAGGUUGCUGACUGGUUGACCAAGAGAGGUCUCCAAGAAUACUCCGAGACCUUUAAAUCCCUCAACGGCCAAGGGUUGCUCAGGUUAAAAGAAGAUGAUUUUAAAAAGCCGCCCUUGUCACUUGUAUCAUCUGAUAAUGGACGACUAUUGCUGGAGAUGAUAGAGACCCUGAAAAUCGAGAACCACAUAGAGGAACAUAAGAAUGGCUAUACAAACGGACAUAUUAGCAUGAAAGAUGAGAUCAAUUCCAAUGACCAUAGUUUCACCAGCAAAGCCAAGAAGAAUGGGAUGCCAAAUGGAGUCAGAAAGGACAUGAUAAAGAUCCCCAUGCCUGUGGAGGUGGAGCGUUCCCUGGCUUUUCCCGAUGAGUGGAAAAAAACCUUUAUAGCCUUCCUCUAUGCACUUUGCUGUUUUAUGUUCACCACAGUGAUGAUCUCUGUCGUCCAUGAACGUGUGCCUCCUAAGACAGAGGAAGGCCCGCUCCCGGAUCUGUUUUUUGAUCAUUUUGACCGGGUUGCGUGGGCCUUCUCCAUAUGUGAGAUUAAUGGAAUGAUUCUUGUGGCGCUAUGGAUUCUCCAGUGGGUUUUUCUAAAGUACAAGUCUAUUAUUUGCCGGCGCUUUUUUUGUUUAGUUGGGACGCUGUACUUGUACCGAUGCAUAACGAUGUAUGUUACUACGCUGCCCGUUCCUGGAAUGCAUUUUAAUUGUUCUCCAAAGCUUUUUGGCGACUGGGAGGCUCAGCUGAGGAGGAUUGCAAAGAUGAUUGCGGGAGGUGGACUUUCAAUCACAGGAGCUCACAACAUGUGUGGGGACUAUUUGUACAGUGGCCACACGGUCAUGUUAACACUGACAUACUUGUUCAUAAAAGAGUAUUCUCCUAGGCGUCUCUGGUGGUAUCUCUGGAUUUGCUGGUCCCUCAGCGUUGUUGGGGUCUUCUGUAUUCUUUUAGCACAUGACCACUACACUGUAGAUGUCGUCGUCGCUUAUUACAUCACAUCCCGGUGUUUCUGGUGGUAUCAUACUAUGGCCAACCAGCAAGUGCUAAAGGAGGCGUCCCCAUCAAACCUCCUCUCACGGGUCUGGUGGUACAGGCCUUUCCAGUACUUUGAAAGGAAUGUUCACGGUGUUGUACCUCGUUCCUAUCAGUUGCCUAACCUAUGGUCAUGGCUACCUACCAGGCAGGCGACCUACAGCAGACUGAUAAAUGAAGCAUAGCAUCAACUGAAAAAGGCAGACGGUGUACCGUGCGCCUCCAGAAGUGCUAAGAACCCUUGGACAAUGCCAUAGACAAAAAACACCUACCAUCCCUCUUUAUGUUAACUUACCUUGACCCCUUCAUUUACCUGGUCAGCACUGUGAUAACUCUCCAAAGGACCCACGUCGGAAGCAAACAAGAAUUCAACUCCUCAUGGACUGGACACAAUUUCCUGCCGCCCACGUGGGAACAACAUUAUCCAUAGCCAUGCUUGUUUGUAUAUGAAGAAACCACAUAAACCUGUACGAUUUUAUACCCUGCGUGUGUCUCUUUCCAGUCAUGUCUGGGAAUAAAGCAUUAUUUUCUUGGGAAAACAUAAUUUCAUACCACUUACCCUAAAUACUGGGCUCCAAGCCAUUUUCUAACCAGUGUCUCUAUGAAGGCUUUGAAGUAUAAUGCUGCGGUCCCACAGAAUAAAUGAGCUAUGCUUCAGCAGUUUCUUUUCCUUUAAUUUUUUUUUAAAUACUUUUAGCGUUUUACUUUAGUUAGUCUAUUCAUCAAACCGUGUUUUUUUUUUUUUUGUUUUUUUUUUUCAUUCUAAAUCUCGCCGUAUCCAACGCACUCAUCACUUCACCGCUCUGUGGUUUAUAGUAGAGCCUCGUCGUUAUUUUACUUUUUGACUUAUUUAUUAUCUUUUUGUGGGACUGCAGCUUUGCGUUCUCCAAUCUUUCUACCUGUGGCAGCAAUGCCCUGUUUAAACAAAAUAUUAUGAAAAAAAAGACAAUGAGCGGUUUAGUAAAUAUGGUUUUGUAAAAAUCUAUAGCGGCGGUGUUGUAGAGUGAAUUUUCUAAGUAUUUCCUAUUUUUAUUUUUCAAAAAUGACGUUGAUAAAGCUAACAUUUAAAGAUUUUUACAUAUCAGAGAAGAUCUAAUUGGAAGAGAGAUUUGUAACUGUUUCUAGUGCCUUCCUUGUCUUGAUUGUAUGGUCAGUAGGGCAGUCUUAAAGAAAUGUAAUUUUAAAGAAAGUAUUCUAUGUCGCGUCUGAAAGAAAUUCUAUAGAUCUAUAUGGAGAUGUUAUUACAUAUCUUGUGCGAUCACACUUGCAGAACACACUUUAAUGCAUAUUCUACUGUUUGAUCUAUUCAGAGCGAAAACGUAGACCUUUCGUGUUGUAAACUUUCAUUUUCAUUAUUUCCAUUUUUUUUAAAAUUCCAAACUGCUUUUUUAACCAAAAAUAUUUGUGAAAAGCAGUCACUAAGAAACCUUACAGAUUUUGUUUUUUUGUUGAAAAAGUCCAUUACAAGUGUACUACAAACUCUAUCUAGAUUUGGGUGGCGUUCAUUAAAGGCUAUUUUAUGAUUUCAUUUUAUUUAUUUUGGGCUAAAAAUAGUUUUUUCAGUUUGUUUUUCUU